GCAGAGGCUGUCGACUAAAGUUUGUGUAGCGUGUUGGCUAAAAACAGCAAAAACUUCAGCCGCUUUUCAGGAUCUUUAUGAAACAUCAGGGACACUUAUUGACCUUAUUGUAGUUUAGAGUUAAAGUACUAGUCGUGGUAAACAAAAAUAGGCGGUAAUGGGGGGAACCGCGAGUAAACUGCCGAAAGAACUGCUGUCAGAGUAUCAGGAGCUCACAUUUCUUACAAAGCAAGAAAUAUUACUGGCACACAAACGAUUCUCUGAACUCCAGGGCAGAGAAAACGGGCCGUACAGCUCCAGAGUGUCCAUGGAGAAGAUCCUCACACUUCCUGAACUCAAGUCCAACCCGUUCCGGAAGAGGAUCUGUCACGUUUUCUCCACCUCUGACUUGCGGGACGGCAGCUUGACUUUUGAAGAUUUUCUGGACCUCUUGAGCGCCUUCAGUGAUUCUGCAACACUGGAGAUCAAGUCCCACUAUGCCUUCCGGAUCUUUGACUUUGACGAUGAUGGCACACUGGAUGGCAGAGAUCUGGAGAAGCUGGUGAACUGUCUGACGGGCGAAACAGACGACACGCGUCUCACUGCCGAGGAGAUGAGGCAGCUCAUCAGUAAUAUCCUCGAGGAGUCCGACAUCGACAAAGACGGAACGGUGAACCUGUCCGAAUUUCAGCACGUCAUCUCCAGAUCGCCAGAUUUUGUCAGUUCAUUCAAGAUCGUGUUGUGAAGUUUCCACCGCUGCUGCUUCCGGUCCGGAUGUUUCACCUGCACCUCAAUAAUCUCUCCAAUAAUGUAGCGUCCUAAUUAUGAAUGUACUCUCUUGUUAAGCAUUUUUACCGUUUAUAUGUUUGAAAGCAGUUUUCACCUCUACUUUCUAUCCUGUAUGUUGGAUCUUAUAUAUAUUUGUACCUAAUUUAAUAAACCCGGGUGUGUUUCUGUCAGGACAGAGGAUGUUUCCUUUGGCACCACGGACACAAAAGUGUUCCACGACCCACAAACAACAUCUUUGACACUCAAACUGUGAGAGGAGAAAUAAUCCACCGGCGUGGGCUCAUCUGUGCUGUGUUCAGUGCCGUGACCCAGCUGCCCAUACUGACCUAUCAGAACACACAAAGCGUACUUAAAGGGACAGUGCACUAUAAAAAAAUUGACAAUUCUGUCCUCAUUUCCUGUACGUAAUUACAUUUAUAAUAAACAGAAAGCAAACUCUUA